AUGAAUAUUUGGAAAUAUCAGUGGAAAUUAGUAACAAAUUCGAAACUGUCUACUGACAGUAGAAAACAGCCUACAAGUAUACUAUGUAUGAAUGUAAAGCAAGCGAUACAAGAAAAUUGGACUAACAGUUUCUCAUCAUCUAGUCUAAUUACAAGUCAGUCCAAUUCUGAGUUGAAUAAACCAGCUCAAGCGAGGCUUUGGAGUCCUCCAGUUCAAGCUGUACACAAACUACGCUGUCUCCAGUUUGUAUAUGAAAUUGAUGUAGGACUGAAACACGGCGAUUCAACGAGACGUCUAAAGGAAAACCCGAAACUGGCUCUAUUACGUCAUCAAGAAGGGUGA